AUGGCGAUGGCGAAUAUGGGAAGCGCUGAUUCUCAAACUCCGAUUCAGUCUUCUUCAGAAGACAACCGUUCGUCGUCGCAGAUCAAGCGGAUCCCGAAGAGAAAGCUUGAGGAUUACUUGGAUCCAGCUCUUCUUCGCGCGAUCUCUUCCAGGAUCGGUCUAACGGAGAAGAAGAAGAAGAAGGAGGUCGUCGUGAGUUCGAUUCAGGGAGCGGAAUUCGAUUGGCCUGUUGACCGAUUAGAUCCUCUAAUCAACGAUCCGAAUCGCGAUUCCGGGAGAGAGUACGACGGAUCACGGUUCUUUUCUCCGAUCAUCUCGUCGUUGAGCAAACGCCGUUGAAGCGAACGAUAACAAACACGGCGCAGGAUAGUAGAGUUCGUUACUGUGGUAACGUGCGCGGAAAUUUGCAUAGGAGAUUCAAAC